AUGCAUCUUAUUAGUUCUUUCCUAUUGGUUAUCUGUGCUGUUUUCAUGAUCCAAGCUUGUCCAUCACAACAAGGAACACAAGGGCCAGACGGAAAUGAUGGCGAAAAAGGAGAUAAGGGAGAUCCAGGAGAUCAAGGACCUAGAGGGAGGACAGGAGAGAUGGGUGAUCCAGGACCUCCAGGACCAAUUGGUGUUCCAGGACCACGAGGACGGAUGGGGCCGCAAGGUGAACAAGGAGAACGAGGAUCAGUUGGACCAACUGGAGCACCAGCGCCAGGACGAUAA